AUGGCUAGUGUUUUGAACUUGGACGCAGAUGUAAAUCCGGUUCUUUUGAAUGUUGCCACGAAAAACUUUCAUGGAGCCAUAGAGUAUAUACUUCAUCAACGUAUUGAACUAACAGGGUAUUUUAAACCUCAGACGGUAGACUUUGGAUUUGGAAAAUUAGAUUCAGAUGCAAAUACUGCCUUGACAAAACUGCACAACUCCCACAUGACAAAUGCCAUCAGCCAUGCACGGAUCUAUUCAAUUUUGGAAGCAAUAAAGAGAUUUGCUCUUCUUCGACAACAAUUUGUCUAUAUUUUGCUCAUACUUUUUCAAAAUAUCGCAUCAGAUCCAAUCCGACUUGCGAGUUUAAUGGAAGAAAUUACAGAAAAACUCUAUAAUGAAGAAUCUCUUAAACCAUUGGGUAUUCUUGGCGAAGUCAUUGGCAUUGCCGUGCAAGAUCAUCACUUUCAAAACUCUGUUGUUAAUUUUCAUUUGGGAAAAAGUUUGCUGCUGAAAUACCGAGGAUUGGUUCGGCAUACUAUUAAUAUUCGAUCAUUGAAAACAGGGAAUUUAGCAGUGAUUUUUCAAAAGCUAUUCAAGUGGAUUUCCGUCAAAAUCGCAUUGUAUUUCUUCAAUGUAAUACAUCCACGGCAGAUAGCAAGCACUUUUUUGAAUGGUCGCAAGGUUCAUUUUCCAGAUGAUGUUGAACCCGAAUAUCUUUUACCAAUUUUGGAAUAUGAGCAAAUUGCAAAGCCAUCUAAUGUUUCGCUCAUUUUCAUCCCAAAAGAUAACUCGGUAUAUACCGAUGGGUUUGAUCUUUCUGGUGAAUUUUGGGCACGACACAUGGCAAACAUCAUCUCCAUUUUACAGUCACACCACAAGUUUUUCACGCAGCCUGUUAAAGGAGCCGCUAGUGUAUCACGACAUAGCACGAUAAUUGCAAAUAUUUUUGGCAGUCUAUGGCGGUCAUCUCAGACCCACCAACGUAGAUUUUCUGGUACCGAAUACGAAGCAGCCCAGGACAAUUACCUAGGUGUUCAAAACAGCAUCACAUUUUAUGAUCGCAAUGUAGAUUUUACCUACUUUGUAUGCAGACUGGAUCAUCGAGUAGCUUUGUCGAUUAUUCAUUCUGGAGAUGGCAGUGGCUGGGGUGAUUUGAUGAAACUUCUUGCAUCCAGACUAUUAAUGGUUAUUGAGCCAGAUAUGAAUUGA